UGCACGGUCAAGAUGGCGGUUGUUGUGGGCACUUGGCCAUUUAGCUUAGAAGCGGUGAAAUUGAUCUCUAGAAAGCUACGAGAAGGGAACGGAUGUAUUGAUGCACUGGAAAGUGGAAUCAAUUUAAUUGAAGAAGAUCCUGACACAGGUCUCUAUUUUGUUGGGAGAGGAGGAUUACCUAACUCUAAGGGUAUUUUGGAGUGUGAUGCGGCAGUCAUGGAUGGAGAUACGUGUCGUUUUGGAGCAGUUGCUGCUUUGCAAGGAGUUGCAACUGCUUUCUCCGUUGCAAGAUGUGUGAUGGAAAAGUCACCUCAUAGUAUGCUUGUGGGAAGCGGUGCACAGGAGUUUGCUCAGAGUAAUGGGUUCCCUGUGGAAUCAAAUUCAGCUUUACAGACACAGCAGUCAAGAGAAGCAUUUCAGAAAUUUCUUGAGAAGUCAGGUGAAGAAGAAGGAGGCCAUGAUACCAUAGGCAUUUUGGUUAUGGACUCAAGGAGCCAUCUUGUUGCAGGUGUUUCUUCAAGUGGGAUUUCCUUCAAACACCCAGGCAGGGUUGGAGAUUCACCUCUCCCAGGGUCAGGAUUAUAUGCUGAUAACGAGAUUGGAGCAGCAGCAGCUACUGGGGAUGGUGACAAAAUGAUGAGAUUCUGUCCUGCUUUUCAUGUUGUUCAACUCAUGAGGCAGGGCCAUUCUCCACAAGAAUCUUGUGAGUUAGUGAUCAAAGAAGCCCAGCAAAAAGCAAGAACAGCUACUAAACCAUUUGAAAUGGCCUUGAUUGCUAUCAACAAAAAGGGUGAUUUUGGAGCGGCUGGCACUGUGGCAUCAUUUAAAGAUGAAAGACAUAAUACCUUGUACACAGGAUUCCCAUUUGUAGUAUGGACUGAAGAAAUGAGUGAACCUGAAAUCAGAGCCCGACCUCCUCUUUGCUUCUAGUCAAGGUCCAUAUCACUAGUUGGAAACAUAAGCAUCCAGGGAGUGUGGCGAUUUAAGAAAUGCGACAUAUAAUUGCGAAUUUUGCUGUAAGCCUUUUCCCCUGCUAUAGCGGUGAACAGUCUCGAAAAACUCUCCCAGAGCCUAUUCAUUUGCCAGGAGGAGAAUAUUCUUGUCAAUCUCCCCCAAGCGUUGCGGCUCUAAAAGAGCCUGGUCCCUGGUCAGGAGAAGAAUAGUCUCGUCAGUCUCCCCCAGGUGUCGCGGCACUUGUAUGAACAUUUUAGGACAAUUAUCGGUAGGCAUCAUCAAUUAAAUAGAAACUUCACAUGGUGACUUAGCCUUGUCACAAGAGUGACAAGGCUACGACGCAUCCACUCAGGUAUUUUCCAGCCAAAGAAGGAAAAGUGCUUCAAAGUACGUCGCCAAUCGGAGAGGCAGUGUGAUUUUUGGUAAAGGCGGUGUUCAUCACCCGCCUGGCGUUAACGAAUCUGCUCAUCUCUGCAUUUACAGGAACAGCAUUCCUUCUUUUCUCUAACAACACGACCGUCCUCUGGAAAGCACGUUCGCCAUAGUUCAUUUUCAAAUAAUACUCGAACCUCGAACUCCAAAGCAAAUUUCACGAAUGCGCGAAGGCACACUGUAAAACCUGUUUGUAAAGCCGGUUGGUGCACGCGCUUGAUGAAAAG